UUUUUUUAAUAUUUUUUAGACCAUUUGAAGUUUAUAUUGUGAUUGGACAUAUAAAAAAUAUGCACCGAUAUUUUACAAAAUUUUUUUAAAGUAAUUAAAAUUCUUACAUGAAUAGAAGCCAUGUUUCAAUAUUAUCAGCAAUCUCUAACAUGUUUGGCAGGAAAUUGUAAAAGCUAUAUAUACCACAUGGGCUCAGCCACACGCAUAUUUAUUCGUUAAUAUUUCGAGCUUUUCUAUACCUCUCAGCAUGAAAUUCUGUGAAAUUUCCAUUGGUCUGAUAUCAGUUUGCAUGCUAUUCGGAUUUGUGCAAAGCGAGCAACCCUACAUUGUAAAAAAUGAAGGCUGGGAAUAUUUCAAUGGUAUCUUUGAGACCACAUUCCAUUUGGGUGAAAUGAAAAUUAUCGGUCGCCAACGGUACAUCAAUGGCACAAUAAAAUUCACCGAAGAUAUGGCCAGUGAUCAUUUCUCCUUUCAAAUAGAAUUAUAUUCCUGUCCGCAAGGCGAAAAAAACUUCAAACUCCUGCCAAUGGGUGUACCACGCACCCCCAUCUGUGAAGGUCUCAAGGAGCUAUUUCCAAAAGUACUGCAAGCAUCAUUUAUUGAAGGUGAAAAUACGAAUUUCCCAUUUGUGCCCGAUGAGGGUUUGUGCCCCAUACCGAUGGGUGAAUAUUAUAUAAAAAAUUUAGAAUUCGAUACGGACUCUUGGCCAAAUCACAUUAUACGUGGUUUGUUGAAGGCGAAAUUAACUUUUUUCAAGGAUGCCAUAAAUGUUGGCGGUGGUGCGCUGAUCAUGCGUGUCGAAGAUCGUGAAUGAGAAGUGUGUGAGAGAAAGAGAGUAAAGUAAAGUUGCUUUUUCAAUGUGUUUAAUAAAGAAAAUUGUCUAGAGGAAUCAGUUUUUUUUUAAUUUCGA